AUGACCGCAGCGAGGAGAGGAGCGGGUUGUGGUGGUGGUGGUGGUGGUGGUGGUGGUGGUGGUGGUGGUAGUACUUGUGGGUGGGGGCGGCGGGGGGCGGGGGGGGCGGGGGUCGACCUCACCACAUGGAGGUCCGCCAUUAGUGGGGCGGCGGCGGCGGGGGUGGUUAUUGCGGAAUGGGGGCGAUUUAUCGGCGCGUUUAAUGUGCUGGAACUGACAGGAAAAAAGGACAUUCGUGCGGCGGAAGUGUGCCAGACGCGGAGGCUCACCAUAGUGUUUGGGCGGGAUUUGGGACUAAGUAACUGGCAGCAGGUUAUUGGCGGCGGCAGCGGGGCCCUAGGCAGCGUGUGCGGAUUAUCGGCACUCCGCCCUGUUCUUUCCUUUCCUCCACCCGGUGUCCCCUCCGGCCAGGAAGCAGCAGCACGGGGCGCCACCGCCCCCGCAGGCCGGCGGGUGUCAGCUUCCGGGGGCUCAGCCGCUGUCCCCCACGUGUCCCUCCUGCUCAACUUCGCCAACAAGUCCAACUUUAAAGGAGAACACGUGUCUGGCCUAAUGUAA